UUGCCCGAUAGAAAGCGCGCGCAAAGAGAGCUGAGCAAUGGUGGUGACUGGUGAGAUGAGAUGUAAGUGGUAAUCGAUAAGGAGCGCAUCAUCAUCGACAAAGCCAAACAUCACACAACCCUCCAAAAACCCUGAAGCACAGAAAUAAUCGGAACCCUAAUCCAAUUCAAUCCACAAACAAAUUUCCGCCCUCAUUAUUUUCUCUCGCAAAUUUCAAAUAAAUCUUCCGCCACCCAAAAUGCCGUUCCCUUUAUCUCCUUCCUCUCACUUGGCGCUGCUGCGUUCCUUUCAUCCACUCCCACUCCCCCACACCAUUGUUCAAAAACUAUCUUACCACACAGGAGAAACGGAACCAAGUGCACUCCAAUGGCGAUGGCUAUGCCGCUGCUUCGCCGGCUCUCCUCUUCUCUCAACCACCCUACCCGCCCUUUCCUCACUCCUCUCUGUUACAAGUCUUCCUUGCCUGAUGAAGCUGUUUACGAGAAGGAGAAGCCCGGCGUCACCUGGCCGAAGCAGCUCAAUGCGCCGCUGGAAGUCGUGGAUCCUGAGAUUGCUGACAUCAUCGAGCACGAGAAAAAUCGUCAGUGGAAGGGCCUGGAACUCAUACCCUCAGAGAACUUCACUUCGUUAUCAGUGAUGCAAGCAGUUGGAUCCGUCAUGACCAACAAGUAUAGUGAAGGAUACCCUGGUGCUAGAUACUAUGGAGGGAACGAGUACAUUGACAUGGCAGAGUCCUUGUGUCAGAAGCGUGCACUGGAAGCGUUCAGGUUGGAUCCUGCAAAAUGGGGAGUUAAUGUGCAGCCACUAUCUGGUUCUCCUUCCAACUUCCAAGUCUACACUGCCUUGUUGAAACCUCACGACAGAAUAAUGGCUCUUGAUCUUCCUCAUGGUGGGCAUCUUUCCCAUGGUUAUCAGACAGACACCAAAAAGAUAUCUGCAGUGUCAAUAUUUUUUGAGACAAUGCCAUACAGGCUGAAUGAGAGCACUGGCUACAUUGACUAUGAGCAGAUGGAGAAGAGUGCCACUCUUUUCAGACCAAAAUUGAUAGUGGCCGGUGCUAGCGCAUAUGCUCGCCUUUAUGAUUAUGCAUUCAUUCGAAAGGUCUGUGACAAACAAAAGGCCAUAAUGUUGGCAGACAUGGCUCACAUUAGCGGGCUGGUUGCGGCUGGUGUGGUCCCAUCACCAUUUGAUUAUGCAGAUGUGGUGACCACCACAACCCACAAGUCCCUUCGUGGCCCACGUGGAGCCAUGAUUUUCUUCAGGAAGGGAGUUAAAGAGGUCAACAAACAAGGAAAGGAGGUGUUGUAUGACUAUGAAGACAAAAUUAACCAAGCUGUCUUUCCUGGACUUCAAGGAGGUCCGCACAACCACACAAUCACUGGUUUAGCAGUUGCAUUGAAACAGGCUACAACCCCUGAGUACAAAGCUUAUCAGGAACAAGUACUCAGAAAUUGCUUCAAGUUUGCUGAGGUACAACCCAACGGAGUCAAGGAAACUUGUCACGGAAACAAGAUCAUGAAAUAUAUGCUUUAUUUGCAUGCAGCCUGGAAAUUUAGGAGAAAAUAUGCUUUAGGGGAGAUGGGAUAUGAACUAGUUUCCGGUGGAACUGAAAACCACUUAGUUUUGGUGAACUUGAAGAACAAGGGUAUUGAUGGCUCCAGGGUCGAAAAAGUGUUGGAAGCUGUUCACAUUGCUGCAAACAAGAACACAGUUCCGGGGGAUGUGUCUGCCAUGGUUCCUGGUGGCAUCAGGAUGGGAACCCCAGCUCUUACCUCUAGGGGAUUUGUUGAGGAGGAUUUUGUUAAGGUUGCUUACUUCUUCGAUCUUGCUGUUAAGAUUGCAGUGAAUAUUAAAGCUGCGAGCACAGGGACAAAGCUGAAGGACUUCGUAGCGGGGAUGCAGUUGGCCAAUUUCCAAUCUGAGAUUGCCAAGCUCCGCCAUGAUGUUGAAGAAUACGCGAAGCAGUUCCCGACAAUUGGCUUUGAGAAAGAGACCAUGAAGUACAAAAGCUGAACAAGGCGCCCGUUGCUGCUGCAUGAGGUAUAAGCAUCGGUAGAUUUUCAUUUGCUAGUUAUGAAAUGAAAGCAUAAUGUCGUCUCAUUGAAAGGCAGCAUUAGUACAUUUGGAUUCAACAUGAGACAAUGUUGAAAGACGAGUAGUCAUCUUCUCUUACACUCGAUGCUAAUAUUUGAUUGUCAGUGGAGCAGGUUGGAAGGGUUUGCCAAAUGAAUGCUUAUCUUCCAAGACAUCUUACAUCCAAGUCAUGAAGCCAUUAUGUAUGAGAUGUAAAUGUUGGCCUUUCUUGUAUUACGAUUUACGAAUGCCUGUAAAGCAACGAAACCGACCACGGUUUAUGUCGAUACUAAAUAUAUACAGAGAAAGGCUAAUUAGUUGGUGAUGAAAUGCAAGAAUAAACGUAUGCACCCCUGCUUCAUCCUCGUUAGUUCUUUAUCUUAUUUUGAUCUCAUAUGUAACAGGUUUUGGGUUUUGUGAGAACUUCUGAGUUAAACGUGCUCAGUGUGGAGUACAACAAGAAUGGGUGACCUUAUUAGAAGUCACCUUGAAUUGCACCC